AAAAAUAUGUUCACCUCCGCCUGUACCGUCGCCGGCGGCCAACACUCCCAUUAUCUGUCAUCUUACUGUGUCGGAAACUUAUGUUCUCACCGCCGUAAUUUUCCUAUUAUGAUUUCAAGCAUUUCCAAAAUCAGAUCGCAUUCUUUCACCGUCAAUCGCAAUUCUGUGGCUGCCGCUGCCGCUGUAUCAUCAAGUAGUUCUACUAGAAAUACUAACAAUUCUAUAAACGAUGGUAGUAGCAGUUUCACUUGGGAUGAUGUCUUUCAAAUAUCUGAGUCGCGUCACGUUUCAUCGGAUCUCGGUGGAUUCUUUCAGAAGAUCAAUUUAUGUAACCGUGGCUGGGAUAGGCGUGCUGAUUUCAUCCCGUUUGUCAUUGAGGACCAAAUUGUUGGCUACAUUCACAACGGUUUUCUUAACCACUUAAGCAAGUUUAAGGAUGUUUUCACUUGCAUCAAAGAUAAUACAUAUGGAAGUCAAUCUGGCCAUGUCACACUACAAUCUGCGCUGAAAACACCAGAGUAUAGAACUGAAGCCCUUGAAAAUGUAGUGAAGUGCUUAGGUGAAGAAGUAAUUCCAGGUAUACGGAAUGAGCUAUUUCCUGUUACUUCCUCUUAUGGACAACGAACAUAUUUCUCGCUAGAACGUGCAGCAGCACCUUACUUUGGGAUAAAGGCUUAUGGGGUUCACAUGAAUGGCUAUGUUGAAAGAGAUGGGCAAAAAUAUCUAUGGAUUGGAAAGAGAAGUGAAACGAAACCCACCUACCCAGGAAUGCUCGACCAUCUUGUUGCUGGAGGACUGCCGCAUGGGAUCUCAUGUGGAGAGAAUCUUGUAAAGGAAUGUGAAGAAGAGGCAGGAAUACCAAAUUCCAUUUCCAGCAGAGCUAUACCAGUUGGCGCUGUCUCUUACAUGGACAUUGAUGGUUAUAGAUUCAAGAGAGAUGUUUUAUUUUGCUAUGAUCUGAAGCUCCCUGAAAGUUUCAUUCCCAGCAAUCAGGACGGAGAAGUGGGGAGCUUCAAACUACUCCCUAUAACACUUGUUGCAGAUGCCAUCCGAAGUACACAGUUCUUCAAAGCAAAUUGCAAUCUUGUCAUCAUUGAUUUCCUUUUCCGGCAUGGGUACAUUAAACCUGAGUAUCUUGGGUACUUGAAGCUGCUACAAAGCUUGAGAAGUGGAGAUUGUUCUUAAAUUAAUUGCAUCCAGAUAGCUCCAUGCCUUUGAUAGGUUAUUUGUGGCACUUUCACACCUGUUUUGUUUAAGUAGAACUCGAUUUUCUUGUAUUUUCUGUGUCGUGAUGGAUA